UGGAAGAAGUUGCGAACAAAGUCAACGAUCAUAGGCUAAUUCAAGCACUGCCAAUACUGCAAAAUGGCGUUCCAUAAACAUAGUAAAACCAACAGAGUAGCGCCGCUUACUAUGGCGUGUGCCUAUGAUCCAUGUUACCAAGCGAUAUUCUGCAUGUUGUCGUUUAUUCUAUUCAAACUAUAUUCACUAUGGAAUUCUGGAUUCGAUGUCUCAGCUCUUGAGGAACGAACGUUAAUUGCACAGUUGGCUAAAUCGUACGAUUUUCCUUGGUUGGCAUGGAUUGUGUAUUUACAAACUCCACUGAUGGUCUUAUUGGUAUUCAAUUACGCAUCGAAGACCAUAGCACAAGGAACUAAAGUCCCACAAAUACUCAUAAAUAGAACUGAUAUGCACCGGAAAGUGGCUAUUGUAACAGGAGGCUCAAGUGGUGUUGGCAAAGAGGUAGCAUGCCAGCUUCUAAAAUGGAAUUGCAAAGUGGUAAUCACGGCGCGUGACAAAACAAAAGGUGCUAAUGCUGUUGAGUACCUAAGAAAACAGGCAAAUGUUGACUUCAAGAUGAUACAAUUUGUGGAAAUGGACCUGAACGACCCAAAGUCCAUUAAACUGGCAGUUGAAGAAAUCUUGAAAACCAAUGCUUCCAUAGACUUUUUGAUAAAUAAUGCAGGGAUCGCGACUAACGUACAUCUCAAUGCAUACAAACAAGAAGCUAUGUUUGCAACAAAUUUCCUUGGACAUUUUCAACUCACUAAGUUGCUAAUGCCUACCUUAGUAAGAUUCAAAGCAAGAGUUAUCAACGUAUCAAGUAUUGCACAUUAUUACUAUAAUCCCAACAAGGAUACGAUUUUACGUGAUGGUAACACUACCAAUAUGCCAUAUAAUACUUCAGCACAAGUAUACUACGGUCGAUCUAAGUUGUUCAACCUCUGGCACGCGCAGGCACUUCAACGCAGAUUUGACAACGUCGGCAAUAAAAAUUGCGGACCGGUUGCUUUUUCCUGUGGCCCCGGUAUAGUAGCAACACCGCUUCUGGAACGCUACUCAAGUAUUGUAUUACCCAAGUUUAUCUCAGCAAUUGUCAACCAGUUCACCAAGAAGCCGAAGGAGGGUGCCAACACUAUAUUAUAUCUAUGCGCAUCGCCGUUAUCGGAUUUAGUGCCCGGUGGCUACUACUAUGAGUGCCAGUUGGGAUACGUAAGCAAAUAUGCACAGAAUGUGGCUCAACAAGAAGCACUAUAUAAACUUGCCGAUAAAAUGACUUUAAAUUAAAUGUCACUGUUUGAAAUGCAGCUUAUAACAUCAAGUGCCACUGCCUUCAAGCCAGAGUAUAUGUCCGAUGAGAUACCGGGACAACACACAAACUCAAGCAAUAUACACUCACUGAUGUCCCGAGGCGCUCUUCCUCGCUAGUUGGAUCAACGAAAAAUGUUUCCUCACUGAAACGCAAAAAGGUUACAGUAAAUGGUAAUGCGGUAAUUGUAAGCGGUAUUCCAACAUACGAACCGGGCAAUAUAUUCUGCGAUAAAUAGUCAACCAGGUUGUCAUUCUCCAAUUCUAU